CCCCACAACAUAGGUAAUACCUGGAUACACACACAGGUAACUUCAGAACACUUACACUCCCAGUUUCCAUGACGAUGUUCUUAACACGGUCCAAAGGUCACCAGUUCAGACUGAAGGAGCUCCCGGUGAGUCUGGUCACAUGACCGUCUGUCUGACAGUGGCUACAAUGUGAUAGGCUGCAUGUGAGCAUGUGAUGUCAUCAAAUAGGUUGUAACCUGGCAACUGGGUGUAACAAUGUAACAGAGAAGAAGAGAAUGAGUGAGGGGAGAAACAGAAGAGAAGAUGGAGGAGAUGGAGAACAGUGUGAUCCGACUGAGUCACUGUCAGAAGAACAUCUUCUGUUUCUCUGUGCCGGAGCGGUGUCCAAGCUGUGGAGACGAGCUGAGGGGGAGCAGACUGCAGGAGGCGCCGGUCAGCCUCCCCUCCCCCUUCACUAAUGGACACAAGAGCUCAUGCUGCCUGUUGAUCGCACCUGCACACAACAACCUGCACAGAGACUUUGAUGGAACGUCAGAUCUUCACACCGGCAUCUCCAGCACUAAAGGCCUUGUGUAUAACUACACUCAGAGUGGUGUCCGUAGAGAUCAGAGUGGGUGGGAGCGCUGCGUCAGUGUUCCUCUGGUCCGACCCGACAUGUUCCACCUGAUGGAUCAGUGGGACCAGUACCUGGGUCGCUUCUCUGAAGGACCUAUGUGGGACCCUGUCUGGCACAGGUUUGAUGAGGACAACCAUAACUGCUUCAGUUUCUGUCUGAACUUUAUUAACAGCGUCCUGGCGGUGGAGGGGCGGAGCUCUCUCAGCAGAGAUGCCUUCACUCACAACUUCAUCUUGCCGAGGAUGAGGAGGGUGUCUAAGUUCACCACAUUAUACCAGCACAUCCAGAGACAGCAGUACUAUGUGGUGGACGGGCAGGAGGACAGACAAUAAAGACGGGGGUUAAGGAGGAAGAGAAUGAUGGACAACUUCAAACUUUGAACUGUAGGGGGCAGCACUGCACCUCCUACAGUACAACCUGCAAAAGACAGACAAGAGGACAGACAGAAGUGACAGGAGGACAAACAAUAACAUGUCCGUGUGUUUUUCUCUGUUAUAUAUGAACAAGUGUUUUCUGUGUCACUGAACAUCUACAUACCUGUGAAUGAGUUAAUGAGUGAUCGUGUCAGUGUGUGUGAAUUACUGUGUGAA